AAAUAUCAUUUCUUAGCAUCUUGGGCUUAUUCCAGUAUCAAGAAAUGUCAAGUCUUGGAAAGCUAGAUGAUGGAAAGCUGGACCGAUGUGUUGACGGCCGUGACGAAAAGGGAAUAGUGGUAAAAGAUACGGUCACCCAUGCUAAUGUUCAAUUCCCGUGAAUCGUCUUCUGGUGAUUGCGGAUUCUCGCUACAGUGACGUCGCUGAGCUGUCAACUGUGGAUAUUGAUGGUGCUCAAGGAUCCCGAUCUGUCUAAUGCCUCAAAGCACAGAUCACAAUGGAGCGCACGCCCCUCCCCGGUCGGAUCCGACACGGGCGUCCUAAGCGUGGAUGCAGGGGCUUUCAAGAGAAGAAAAAAUCUCUGCAUACUACGUAGUACGCAGGUGACAUCUCGGUGUUGAUGCGGGCUUUAGUUUGCGAAUGCGAGGGUCCUGCUAUGGGGCGGUUUGUGGCGUGCUUCGCGAACAUGCAUGGAACAUGCGUGGAUGCAUUAGCGAAGCUUCCAAAGAAGGAUCGUCGUCACAUCUGCGGGCUCGACAAGGGCUCGACAAAGGCCUGACAGCGGCACUCCGUCUCCAUCAGUCCACCGAUGUGGCACCGCGCGAAGCUGGGAUUGCAACAGACUGCGAAUUUUUCGGUUUAGAGAUGCCGGGUUGGUGGUUUAGGUGUGUGCUCUCCUGCGGGAGGACGGCAUUGCGGAGACUUGGCGGAGACUCGGCGACUCGGCGAGCUGCACGUCUAUUACAAAGACGACGCCGGGCGGGGGGGCGGCAUCCUGGGCUGGGAGAGGGCACCCUGGGAGAGAGCGCCCUACCAGGGGAGACGUGUGACGUAGGUGGUGCUUUCAAUAUGCAGUGGCCGUGUGUGAGAUUAAUCAACGAGAGAAGAGAGACGAGAUUUGAAAUCAACGCGCUUGUUGGAUGCGACCUUUGCAUGUGGUUGCGCGCCAGUAUGAGGUUUCACAGCGUCACUGUGGUGGUCAGCGACCAUUCCACUUACGGAUCCAACAUUAAGUAAGUAAGUUAGACAUGGCAGGCGUGUGUCCAGAACUGGUUAAGAGCACCAUGCGUUUUGCUGACAGAGAAAGUGAAGGUGGCGAGGGAGCAAGUUGUGAGUGGUCUGCCAAGACCUGCGAAGGAGCAAGAUGAUCCAACAUGCCACCCUCAUACCCAAUAGGAGCUUAAUAACAGCAGGAAAAUGGAAUAAAAGAAAAGAAGUAAGAUAAGCAUAUGGGGCAUGAUCUUGGGUAUUAUCGAAAUAGUAUCACCAUGAUUUCGAGUGUGUCCCCGUUGAUGUG